AUGACUGAAGUGUCGUCAGACUUUGUUGGCUCUGCAACACCUAACGAGUACAUCUUGAGCUUAUCACCAGAACAAAUCGAGCACGACCAGAAAAUCGGUGUUCGAGCAAUCAGGUUGUUCCUCCAGAGUAAGACUUCGUAUGAUGUGUUGCCAGUUUCAUAUCGUUUGAUCGUAUUGGACACAUCGCUUUUGGUCAAAAAGUCUUUAAACAUAUUGCUUCAGAAUAAUAUCGUGUCAGCACCAUUGUGGAAUAACCAAAGCUCUCGUUUUGCAGGUUUGUUGACGUCGUCUGACUUUAUUAACGUGAUCCAGUACUACUUCCAGUUUCCAGAGAAGUUUGAAUUAGUGGACCAGUUGACCCUCGAUGGUUUAAGAGAAGUAGAGAAGGCUAUUGGUGUGACGCCCAUAGAAACGGUAUCGAUCCAUCCCUUCAAGUCGUUGUACGAGGCCUGUGUUAAGAUGUUGGAGUCAAAAGCCAGAAGAAUUCCUUUGAUUGACGAAGACGAAAAGACACACCGUGAGAUUGUGGUAUCAGUUUUAACACAGUAUAGAAUCUUAAAGUUCGUGGCCUUAAACUGUAAGGAAACAAAGAUGUUGUUGAAACCCGUCAAAGACUUGCAAGGCUUGGGCACAAUUAAGGACAUUUCCACAUGUACCAUGAACACUCCUGUAAUUGAAGUCAUCCACUUGUUGGCCCACAAAUCUGUUUCUUCAGUUCCUAUUGUCGAUGCUCAAGGUAAGUUGAUUAACGUCUACGAGGCCGUUGAUAUUUUGGCAUUGGUGAAGGGAGGAAUGUACACCGACUUGGACUUGAGUGUUGGUGAUGCAUUGUUAAGAAGACCAGAAGAGUUUGAGGGUGUUCACACGUGUACCAUGAACGACAGAUUGAGCACCAUCAUGGAUACCAUCAGAAAGUCCAGAUUGCACAGAUUGUUUGUUGUGGACGAAGAGGGCAAGUUGGUCUCGGUGAUAACGUUGAGUGACAUCUUGAACUACAUCUUGUUUGGCGAGGACUAG